AUGGCCGACGAUGGAAUGCUUAUGAACUUCGCCAUUGGUGACGCUGUCAUCAAGCCUGAAGCAAAGUUCAAGGGAGGAACAUGGCGAGACCGAUUGACCGCGAAGAAGCGCUCAGCCCACCGAGGCUCCGACAAAGCACCCGGCGAUGCAGCUGCUCGCAACGCAGCAUCCAAAAACCCCAAUCAAAUCCAGAUCUCUGGUGACCGGCCGUUAAAAAGACAAAGGACAGAAGACUCAUUCAACCGCCCCAGCGCCCCGCGAUCUGGUGGUAAACGGCAGCAACACCCGCGAGACCCCACCCAGUUUGUUUCUUCGCUAUUCAGCAGCAACCCUGAAGCGCGCAAUCCUGAGGAACCUAAGGAGGAGAGAGAGGCGGAAGAUUCGAAACCGACCAAUGCGCCGCUGAUCGACGGCCUCGAUACCUUUACCAACCUGGGACUGUCGCCCAACCUCGCGGCGCAUCUCCUCACAAAGCUGGAACUGAAGGCGCCGACGGCUAUUCAGAAAAGCUCAAUCACACAAUUGCUGAAGGAAGAAAGCGAUGCGUUCAUCCAGGCCGAGACUGGUUCCGGAAAGACGCUGGCUUAUCUUCUCCCGUUGGUCCAGCGCAUUAUCGAUCUCUCAAAAGCGAAGAACGAACACACUGAUAACCAAGUCCACCGAGACAGUGGAUUGUUUGCUAUCAUCCUGGCACCCACUCGUGAGCUGUGCAAGCAGAUUUCCGUCGUGUUGGAGAAUAUCCUGCGCUGUGCGAACUGGAUUGUGUGUGGAACGGUUAUUGGUGGAGAGAAGAAAAAAUCAGAGAAGGCACGAUUGAGGAAAGGAUUAAAUAUUCUUGUCGCAACACCCGGUCGAUUGGUAGAUCACCUCGACAAUACAGAAGCCCUGGAGGUCAGCAACGUGCGAUGGCUCGUGCUUGAUGAGGGAGAUCGCUUGAUGGACAUGGGUUUCGAGGAGGAAUUGCAGGGCAUUGUCAAGAAGCUUGACGCUAGACAACGGCCCAGUCGUGUUCCUGGUGUACCUACACGCAGGACUACAAUCCUGUGUUCUGCUACACUGAAGAUGAAUGUCCAAAAGCUGGGAGAAAUUAGUUUGAAGGACGCAGUACACAUCAAGGCCGAUCCGGAGGACGAAGAUGACACCAAGUCAAAUGAUGACGAGGAAGAGUCAUUCCGUGUCCCAGCACAGCUCAAGCAAUCUUACGCCAUCGUUCCAGCCAAAUUACGUCUGGUCUCAUUAACAGCCUACUUGAAGAGGACGUUUAUGCGAAAGGGAUCAGUGAUGAAAGCAAUUGUUUUCAUGUCUUGCGCCGAUGUCGUCGAUUUCCACUUCGAGCUAUUCUCAAGGAACCAAGAUCGCGAGCAGCAGAAAAAACUCGAGGAGGAAGGAAAAGAAGAUACAACAGACGAGGAAAAAGACAAACUGUCACCACAUGGCACCAUUGCUCCUGGCAGAGCCUUCUCUACCCCAACAAAUCCGGUCAUCCUGCACCGACUGCACGGCUCACUUCCCCAGAAUGUUCGAACAGCCACCCUCGGUUCUUUCUCGCGCAGUACUGAGGCUUGUGUCAUGAUCUGUACUGACGUGGCUUCCCGUGGUCUGGAUCUGCCAAACGUUGAUUUGGUUGUUGAAUACGACCCUGCCUUCAGUUCUGAUGACCACACUCACCGUAUUGGUCGUACAGCCCGUGUGGGACGAGAUGGUCGUGCUCUCAUUUUCCUCCAGCCCGGCUGCGAGGAGAACUACGUUGAGGUCCUCAAGCGUGGCUACCGCGAUGGAGGCAAGGCACUCACCCGCACUGACGCAAACGAGCUUCUCAAGCGCGGCUUUGGUGGAAACGAGACCGGAAAGAAGAAUUGGGAGGAAAAGACAACUGAUUGGCAAAUGGACGUGGAGCGCUGGGCAAUCGAUAACCCAACCUAUCUGGAAAUGGCUCGCCGGGCAUUCCAAUCUCACGUCCGAGCCUACGCGACUCACAUUGCAGCUGAGCGCAGCAUGUUCAACAUCAAGGAACUUCACUUGGGUCACCUUGCUAAGAGUUUCGCCCUGCGCGACCGACCGGGCAAAAUCAACGUCCCUGGUCUGCGGCCCGGACAAGAAGACUCCAAGAAGGACUUCAAGGCGGCACGAAAUGGUGCUGCAGGCAAUAAGAGAAAGGCUGACGAUGGUCCAUCUUCCACGAAUGUUACGGACGAAGCUGCUCGCAAGAUGAGAGCCAAGAUGAGGGAGCAUAUGUCUGGAGCCAACGAGUUCAACUUGGCUUGA